AUGGCGGCGCCGAUUACGCACCAGGGAGGAGCCAUGAUCCCCCCUUCCAGGGCAGCACCGCGCAUGCGCGCUCCCUACGCCCCGCCCCUCCUCGUCCUCCUCCUCUCCCCCCCUCCCCUCCCCUCUGCCCGCGGUGCAUUCUGGGACCGUGGCGGACCCAGCGGCGGAGACGGCACCGGAGCCAUGCCGCCCCAUAGUGCCCCAUAUCCCCCCCAGGACGUGUUCCUCAUGAUCCGGCGCCACAAGACCACCAUCUUCACCGAGGCCAAGGAGUCGAGCACGGUGCUGGAGCUCAAGCGCAUCGUGCACGGGAUCCUCAAGAGGCCCCCCGAGGAGCAGCGCCUCUAUAAGGAGGACCAGGUCCUGGAGGACUCGCGCACCCUGGGGGACUGCGGGUUCACGAGCCAGACAGCGCGGCCACAGGCCCCGGCUACCGUGGGGCUGGCGCUGAGGACGGCAGAGGAGCCCUUUGAGCCGCUGCGCAUCGACGCCUUCUCCAGCCCCCCCGAGCUCCCCGAUGUGAUGAAGCCCCAGGACGCGCCCGGCGCCGCCCCCGAGGCCCCCCUGCCCUGAGUGUGCCCCACACGCCUCCUACAUGCGU